CAGUGCGAGAGUUCGUCCUGCCGGAAAACAGCACGGCGCGGCGGCGUUUUACGACGUCGGCGGUGAAAGGCUCUGGAAACCCUCCGACUUCUUCCCUGAAGCGGGGCGAAAGGCUGCGCGAUGUUCGGUGCGGGCGACGAAGAAGACACCGACUUCCUCUCGCCUAGCGGCGGUACCAGAUUGGCCUCUCUUUUCGGACUGGAUCAGGCAGCUGCUGGCCAUGGAAAUGAAUUCUUCCACUACACAGCCCCAAAGCAGCCUAAGAAAGGCCAGGGAACAGCACCAACAGGAAAUCAGGCGACACCAAAAACAGCACCCACCACAACAGGCACUUCCACAGUAUUGGUUGCAACAGCAGUCCAUGCAUAUCGCUACACAAAUGGUCAAUAUGUAAAGCAGGGCAAAUUUGGUGCUGCAGUCCUGGGAAAUCACACAGCCAGAGAGUAUAGGAUUCUUCUUUAUAUCAGUCAGCAACAGCCAGUUACUGUUGCCAGGAUUCAUCUGAACUUUGAGCUAAUGGUUCGGCCCAAUAACUAUAGCACCUUUUAUGAUGAUCAGAGACAAAACUGGUCCAUCAUGUUUGAGUCUGAAAAGGCUGCUGUGGAGUUCAAUAAACAGGUAUGCAUCGCCAAGUGCAACAGCACCUCUUCCCUGGAUUCAGUGCUGUCACAGGACCUUAUUGUAGUAGAAGGCCCUGCUGUAGAAGUUGGAGAUUCUUUGGAAGUGGCCUAUACCAGCUGGCUCUUUCAGAAUCACGGACUGGGCCAGGUUUUUGACUCCACUGCUAACAAAGAUAAGCUGCUUCGCCUGAAAUUAGGAUCAGGAAAAGUCAUCAAGAGCUGGGAGGAUGGAAUGGUGGGCAUGAGAAAAGGAGGGAAGCGGUUGCUUAUCAUCCCGCCAGCCUGCGCUGCUGGCUCUGAAGCGGUAAUAGGAUGGACUCCAUCAACAGACUCGAUCCUGGUGUUCGAGGUGGAGAUUAGGCGGGUCAAAUUUGCUAGAGAUUCCGGCUCUGAUGGGCACAGUGUUAGUUCCCGGGAUUCUGCAGCCCCUUCACCCAUACCUGGUGCUGACAGCCUCUCUGCUGAUCCUGUUGUGUCACCAUCCACAUCUGUUCCUUUCAAAUCAGGGGAGUCAGUUCUUCGUUCCAAAUCUAACUCCCUCAGUGAACAGCUUACAGUAAAUACAAAUCCGGAUACAGUCAAGGCCAAGUUGAUCUCUCGGAUGGCUAAAAUGGGCCAGCCCAUGCUGCCCAUUCUUCCACCACAGCUGGAUUCCAAUGAUUCAGAAAUUGAAGACGUGAAUGCUCUUCGAGGAGCUGGGCAGCCUAUGGUGACUCCGUCCAUCCAGCCGUCUCUUCAGCCAGCCCAUCCAGUGCUACCACAGAUGACCUCACAAGCACCUCAGCCAUCUGUUUCUGGGCUCCAAACACCGUCUGCUGCCUUGAUGCAAGUUGCAUCUCAUGAUUCCCACUCAGCUGUAUCUGGAAACGCCCAGUCCUUUCAGCCCUAUACAGGUAUGCAAGCCUAUGCUUAUCCUCAGGCACCAGCUGUUGCUUCCCAGCUGCAGCCCGUCCGGCCCUUGUACCCCGCACCGCUCUCUCAGUCUCCUCAUUUUCAAGGAUCAGGUGACAUGGCUUCAUUUCUCAUGACUGAAGCCCGGCAACAUAACACUGAAAUUCGAAUGGCAGUCAGCAAAGUGGCUGAUAAAAUGGAUCAUCUCAUGACUAAGGUUGAAGAGUUACAGAAACGUACCACUAGCAAUUCCCUGCUCAUUCCUAGCAUGUCGGUGACAAUGGAAACAAGCAUGAUUAUGAGCAACAUCCAACGAAUUAUUCAGGAAAAUGAAAGAUUGAAGCAAGAGAUCCUUGAAAAGAGCAGUCGGAUAGAAGACCAGAAUGACAAGAUUAGUGAACUAAUUGAACGAAAUCAGAGGUAUGUUGAGCAGAGUAACCUGAUGAUGGAGAAGAGGAACAACUCACUUCAAACUGCCACAGAAAACACACAGGCAAGAGUUUUGCAUGCUGAGCAAGAGAAGGCCAAGGUGACGGAAGAGUUAGCAGCAGCCACUGCACAGGUCUCUCAUCUACACCUGAAAAUGACCGCCCACCAAAAGAAAGAAACGGAGCUGCAGGUACAGCUGACAGAAAGCAUGAAGGAGACGGACCUCCUCAGGGGCCAAGUCGCCAAACUGCAGGCAGAGCUCUCAGAGCUCCAAGAAACCUCUGAGCAAGCACAGUCCAAAUUCAAGAGUGAAAAGCAAAGCCGGAGACAACUGGAACUCAAGGUGACGUCCCUGGAGGAGGAGCUGACUGACCUUCGAGCUGAGAAGGAGUCUCUGGAAAAGACAACUAGAGCUGAUGAUGGUUCUCUUGUUCCUAAGAACCUCUCAGAAAGGAAAAAGAAGUCAGCUCAAGAGCGCUGUCAGGCUGAGGAGGAGAUAGAUGAAAUUCGUAAAUCACACCAGGAGGAACUGGACAAACUUCGACAGCUCUUGAAAAAGGCUCGGGUGUCCACGGACCAAGCAGCUGCAGAGCAGCUGUCUCUAGUACAGGCUGAGCUGCAGACCCAGUGGGAAGCCAAGUGUGAACAUCUGUUGGCCUCUGCCAAGAAUGAACACCUGCAGCAGUACCAGGAGGCGUGUGCACAGAGAGAUGCCAGGCAGCAGGAGCUGCUCCAUCUUGAGGAGAAGUGUUUAGCCCUCCAGGCCCAAGUCACAGCCCUGACAGAGCAAAAUGCACAGCACAUCAAGGACCUGGAGAGCAAGUCCCAGAUGUCUGGGGUUGAAGCUGCUGCUGCUGCUGCUGCUGCUGACCCCUCAGAGAAGGUCAAGAAGAUCAUGAACCAGGUGUUUCAGUCCUUGCGGGGAGAGUUUGAGCUGGAGGAGUCUUACAAUGGCAGGACCAUUCUGGGGACCAUCAUGAACACUAUCAAGAUGGUGACUCUUCGGCUGUUAAACCAACAUGAGCGAGAGAAGGGAGAGAGCAGCAAUGAAGAAGAGGAAGAGGAAGAAGAAGAGGAGCGACCUCAGAGUGCUUCCGGACAGUCUCAGGCACCCUUGAACAGGGAGAGGCGGGAGCCCCCCAUGGUGCCAUCAGAGCAGGUGGUCCAGGAAGCUGCCCCGCUGCCUCCUCAGGCCCUCCGCACUCCCCAGGCCGAUGCACAGAGAAGGGAAGGGGAGCCCUCGGAAGCAGAGGCACGCUCAGAGUUAAAAGAACCGGCUUGCCUCCCCUCCCGAAGAGCUCUGGGGCCCCCAACUUCAAUUCCCCCUGCGCCUCCAGGCCCUGUGACUGUGGACUCUGCGGGUGAGGAGGCGCUGGCAGCCAGCCCAUUGGGAGAUGCCUGUGUCGGGGAGCAAGAAAGCUCCACGAGACUGCCCCUGACUUCAGACCCCGAGAAGGUGGACCCGCUGGCUGUGGGGCCUGAAAGUCGAGGAGGAGAGCCUCAGGCUCCAGAGCUCCAGAAAGACGAGGAUGGCACUAGCUCCGCUGCUCCCUCCCAGGAGCCACACGGCACAGAGGCAGCGUCUGCGGCCGUAGGAGCAGUGCCUGGAUGCGAACACCGUUCUCAGCAUCCCAGUCUCUCUGAGGAUGAAGAGGAUGAACUGUUUAAAGGGACAACUCUGAAAGUUCCCAGGCCCAAAGCACAGGCUGAGGAGGAGGAUGAAGACGAGGUGAGCAUGAAGGGACGCCCGCCCCCAACACCCCUUUUUGGAGAUGAUGAUGAUGACGAGGACAUUGACUGGCUGGGAUGAAGACCCAGGAAACUGGUGCAAAGGUUUCUCUACCAACCUUUCCCUAAGCAUGAUUUUGCACAUCCAGCCCUGGGUCUAGACGAGCCACAGGGUGAGGUGAAGGUGAGCAUCCUGAGGACAGUAGUUCAGAUAUCUGAGUUAGCCGAUUUCUGAGCUCCCGCCUGGCCAGGUGAAGCAGAGUGUGAACCUGUCUUCAGAACGCUGGGGUUGUCAGCAGCCCGCCAUGGUCCUGCCUCAGAGUCCCCCAUGGAAGAAGAGCUGGGGGGCUCCCCUUCAGCCAGUCCCUACAAGAGUCCUGCCCACUCCCAAGCUUUUUAUUCUCUGAACUCUCAGACUGAUCUGCCUCUCAGUACUCAACUGUGUCCCAGCAACAAGACUGUCACCUGGGGUUAGGUCUCCCUGGUAGAACCGAGGGUGGAGUAUACCAUCUAAACCCGGUUCAGUUAACAGCCUUGCCUGCAGUCCUGGGACAUAUAUCUUUUCUCUGCCUUAAAGCUGAUAUAAGAGGUCAAUGAAUAUUUGAAAUUAACAAAACUAAAAUAAAUGUUUGCAAUGAAACUU